GUUUAUAUACACCAACUGAAUAUGCUGGUUGUAUUGUACUAGUUAACUAAAUGUUAACUAAACUAACCUCUACCAAGAGUUUGGACAGUGAUAAAGGCUUUACUUCGUCUGCAUGCUGUUGUUGGCUAACAUUUUUAGCAACAAAGCUAACAUGAGUUCUGAUGUAACCGCUCAUAUACACAACGUUACAAGAAUCUACUCUGUGAAAGUGUUAUAAAGCUACUCACUAAUGUUACAGUUGCGUUUGGAGUAUAAAAGAGUCACUGUCUUGCCUUCUGUAGCACCAUGGCGAAGAGGAAAGUAACAUUUGAGGACGGGAACGGGGAGUUUGACCUGGAUGACGACCUCCCAAACAAAAAGAGUUGUGAGGCUGUGAGCGGACCAGGCUCCAGGUUUAAGGGUAAACAUUCCCUUGAUAGCGAUGAAGAGGAUGAAGGGGAUGACACAAACAGCAGCAAAUAUGAUAUUCUGGCCAGUGAUGAUGUGGAGGGCCAAGAGGGAGCAACAAUCGACUGUGAUGAGGGAGUUCCCAUUACACCUUUCAACCUGGAGGAGGAGAUGCAGGAAGGACACUUUGAUUCCGAGGGAAACUAUUUCAUCAAAAAGGAACAACAGAUUAGAGACAACUGGCUUGACAACAUUGACUGGGUAAUUACAUUUGAGGCGAUUUUGCUUAACGUUACUUUUCAAGCAAUUUUCAAUAAUAUAUGUUACUUCUUCCAGGUGAGAAUAAAAGAGCAACCUUUCAAACAAAAGAAGAAAGGUCUUGGAGCCAAACGGAAACGCAGAGUUGGGGAUGAGGAUGAGGCUGAGGACGAGAAACAGAGAGAAGAGCAACAGGCAGGCAGAGAAAAUGAAGAAGAAGAAGAAGAGGAGGAGACGGAGCCUGCAGAGGACCCGCUGGCAUCCUACACACAGCACCAGCUCACCGAAGCUGUUGUUGAACUGUUGCUACCUGGGGAGACAGUUGCCACAGCACUCCGUCGGCUAGGAGGCCUUGGAGGACGGAAGAAGGGGAAGAUGAGGGAAGAGAGUGAACCAACAGAGGAGACCAAAAGGGAUACAGAAAAGCUCGACAAGCUCACAGCACUAGCUGACAGAUUGGUUGGAUCUGGGAUGUUUGAGAUCUAUCAGCAAACUUAUGAAAAACUGGCCUAUUUGAUGAAGAGCAUGAGCAGCAAGCGACCAGCUGUGAGGCAGAAACCCAGUGGUGAUGAUGAUGAAGAAGGCGAUGAACUUGACAUGUUCGCAGACAAAUUUGACGAAACGCUUUGUGGCAAAUCAGGGGAUAAAGAGGAGGAAGAAGACCGAAGAGUGAGUGAUGAAGUGAUGUGGGAGUACAAAUGGGACAACGAGGAUAAUUCAGAAGUUUACGGCCCCUUCACCAGUCGGCAGAUGCAGGAGUGGGUGGAUGAAGGCUAUUUCAGCAGUGGUGUUUACUGCAGGAGGAAGGACGAGGAGGGAUCUCAGUUCUACAACUCCAAGAGACUAGACUUUGAGCUCUAUACAUGAUUUAUGUCCAGCAUCAAAUGAAUCACAACCAUCACGAUCACUUACCUUCAAUCUUUCUUCAGUCUUUUCAUCCACGGCUUUGGUGUAAAAUCAUUUUAACAGGGGCUUUGUUUUCUGUACAUUGUUUUUAAAUAAAUAACUCAUGUAUGUGGUGUUGCUAUCAGCCA